AUGUCAACCGAAGCUCAAGUAGAUCUAAAAAAGACCGUUCCCGUAGAGGAGGAGAAGAAAGUCGAAGAAAAAGGUUUGAGCAAUGAUACUCUUACCAAAUACACAACUGCCGGACAAGCUUUAGGAGAUGUGUUGAAGAAGUUCAUUCCUUCUGUUGCAGCCGGAAAGAAAGUCUUAGAUCUUUGUAUCGAAGGUGACAAGCUUGUCAACGAUACUGUCGCUCCUCUUUGGAACAAAGCUAAGAACGGUGUCAAGAUUGGUAAAGGAUCCGCUUUCCCCACCUCUAUCUCUGUCAACAAUGUCGUCUCUCACGUUUCCCCCCUUCCUUCCGAUCCCGAGAUUGUCCUUAAAGAUGGAGAUGUAGUCAAGAUAAUGCUUGGUAUCCAACUUGAUGGAUAUGCCGUUACCCACGCCGAAACCAUCGUUCUUUCUUCGAAAGUAGAUGGAAUAUCAGCAGAUGUAGUCAAAGCAGCAUACGACGCAGCUCAAGCAGCUAUGAGAACAAUCAAAGUUGGAAACAAGAACUGGGACGUUACUGAAGUUGUAGAUAAAGUAUCAAAAGAUUACGAAUGUGUAGGUGUCGAAGGAAUGUUAUCUUGUCAACACGAGAAAAACGUAACAGAUGGUAAAAAGAGAAUCUUGUUGAACCCUACUCCUGAAUUAAAGAGAGAUCAUGAGACUAUCACUUUUGAAGAAGGUGAAGUGUACGGUGUCGAUAUCUUAGUAGUGACUGGUACCAGUGGUAAAGCUAAAGCCGAUACAUCUCGAACUUCAAUUUACAAGAAGGCAGACAUCAACUACCAACUUAAGAUGAAGACCUCCAGAGCUGUAUUCUCCGAAAUCCAAAAGAAAGCAGGUGCUUUCCCAUUCACCUUGAGAGCCCUUGAUGAUGAGAAGAGAGCACGAAUGGGUGUGACAGAAGCUGUUGCCCAUGGUCUUCUCAAACCUUACGACAUCGUAUCAACUGCUGCCGGUACCCUUGUUGCCGAAUUCUUCUUCACCAUCGCCCUCCUCCCAGCCGGUCCAUUGCUCUUAUCACCUCAACCAGUCUGGUACUCUGCCGAUAAACUUUCUACCGAAAAGAAGAUUACCGACGAAUCAUUAGCUGCUUUAAUCACUCAACCCCUCCGAGCACCCAAGAAGAAGAACAAGAACAAGGGAUCGAACGGUGAGGCUAAAGCUGACGAGACCAAGGCUUAA